AUGAUCGUCUCACCCUUCAAGCGACUGUCCGACUCUGUCCUGGCUGCUCUCGUGGCAUUUCUACUCGCAUCCCUUGUCUCGGCCUCCGGUAUCUUCCAAAGUUGUCAGCUCAAUGGCCUAAAGGACAUCAAAAAAUGUCCUCCGGGCACCGUUUUUGCCAAAGACAGCGCCGAGCUACAAUCGGCCAUUGACGGCAAAGCUCCUGUGGUCAUGCUAGCCUAUGAUGCGGCCAAGCCCGAAGCUUUCUAUGGUCGCCAAAUUCAGGUCAAGCGCUCCGUUCGCAUCAUCAGCACGUUUGUAUUCAACAACGACACAAAGGAAGCGAAAGAGAAUUUCGAUAUAUCUAGGAGCUUACUCGCUGCUGAGGCCAAGGGUGCCGCGAACGCCAAGUCCGCCGUACUCUCCAUCGUUGGAGAUGGGAUUGAAGUCCUCGUCGACGAUGUCAUCAUCGUCAAUCAGGCUGAUCAACUUGGGCAGAAAACUGCGCAACCAAGUCCAGCGGUCUACGUUGGUCCUGGCGCCUCGGUCCACUUCACUAACCCCCAAAUACUCGGUAUCCACAGCGCAAUGGUCUGCGACGGACGCUGCGUACUUGGCACUGGCGCCGUGAUAGGCUGGACCAACCUUCUUGCCGGUAAGUGUCGUAACAGUAGCAUAGACAAGCAUUCGAUUCCAAUGCAGUCCAUCUAAUCUUCAAUACGCCCUACUCGCAGGGAGCGGUCUGAUCCUAGCGCACAUGACCGAGUUCAGAGCACUUGCCAAUGGUGCCAUCCUCGCCGCUCCUCAGGGUCAUCUGGCAGGCGCAGUAUCGUUGAUCUCACCCUACUUUACGAUGCAAUUGGACGACAACGUCAAACCCGUAGUUGGCAGUUCAUACCUCGCAGCUCCCGGAGACGAGCUCGCUGUUGUCACGAUCGACGGUGGCACAUUCAUGGCCCCCAUUUGGAGCUCCAAAUUGUGGCUAGCCAAGGGUGCUGGCUCCUUUGAACCAAUAAAGACAGUGUUCACGGCUCAAGGUCUCGAAGGUGAAUACUUCAACGCCAAAGAGGUUGACGCGAAGCUCGAUUCCACCAGUCGCAUCAGCAAGGACUACCUUCACGCUGCGACCACUCGAGACUCGUUCUUCAAAGAGGACGAUUGGACUCCCAGACUGGAGCCCGGUGCGCCUGAUGCUGACUGGGACAGCCCGACUUUCAAGUGGCAUUACAAGGGUCUCAGUAUUGCCGAGAACGGCGACCCUGAUGAUCCUGCUGGCGGACCCUCUCCUGCCGCUGGCGGUGGCAGCAAAGAGGAGGAGAAGAAGAAGUCCAACGACUCUGGCAGUGUUUCUCCUGCGGGUAGCGAUGGCAGCUCUGCAAAUUCCGGCAACAAAGAGGCGAAGAACAAAAAGUCCAACGACUCUGGUGGUGCUUCUCCUGCGGGUAGCGGCGGCAGCUUAGUAGGCUCCGGCAGCAAAGAGGAAGAGAAAAAAAAGAUGCAAAAGCAAAAACGAAGUCGAAUGCCAGACUUGCUUUGA